GCAAAAUACAAUUUACAACGCUUUAGCGCAACACGACAAAAAACCCAGCAAGAUACAAUACUAAUGUAGCAAAAAAAUUCAAAAAAAUAAUGAAACCAUAACAAAAAAGACAUUUUUUUUAGUAGCAAAGUGAUGAUGAUGGUGGUGGUGAGGUAAUGGAGGUGAGCUGAAAAGAUCAAACCUUUUAGAAAUGAGUUCUUAAGAAGAUAUAUGUAACAACAUCACCCAGACUGAAUUCUUUAUUGGUUUUGUUAACAGAAAAACAGCAAGAUCCAAAAGAGAAAAGAGUGAGCUUGUGAGAGAGAAGAGAGAGCGAGAGAGAGGUUCUAUUGGAAGAAGGAAGGAAAGGGAGAGACAUGCACAAAUCAAAGCUUGGAAGAACAAUACCCACUUGUUUUCAAUAGUCUUCCUAUCCUUCUCCCAGCACCCUCAUUGGGAACAAAUGCUUAUGAUUUGAAGUUCUUUCAUUGCGACAAGUGAAAAUGGAAUGGUUUCUCAUCAUUUUCAUAAUUUUCAUAUAUACUUUCCGAGCUGAGUGAACAUUAUCACAUCAAAGCAAAAUUCGUUAGAAAUUUGUAGCAUAUUAAUCAAUUUGAUAGCAUGAGUGAAUGCAACUUCAGAUUAUGAACUGCAAUAGGGUGUGUGGAGCUCAUAACAAAUUUCUAUUUAUUUAUAUCAUAAUUCUUUCCUUGGAAGUAAGUUUCUCUUGUGUAAUUUUUGAUGGCUCUGUGAAUCUGUAGGAGACUCUUAGCGAGCCUUCUUUUUCCACCACUUGAUAUUUAUAUUUAAAUUUGGUAGUGUACCAUGUUUGCUUAAGGUCAAGUUGCUUUCUAUAUUUGUUCCUUCUUGACUUUAGAAGUCUACUUAUAUCAGUUUAUAAAUUUUCCAAUACCUGGUGAAAGAAGCCUUGCAAUCAUUUAUUUCUAUCUUUUCUAAUUUAAAUAUCUAACUCUGUGACAAUGUGUGGUUUGUUGCUAGGUCACUGAUGUGUUAGUACGCUAAAAAUAGCAGCAAGGAUUUCUUCCUAACAUUUUUAAAGAUCCUUUUUGGGCUUUCCUUAUAAGUCAGGACAUUUUGGACAGUGUUUACAGUAAUGCAAAACUUGCAUAGAAAGGAUUCUGCUGUAAGUUCUCAUUCGAUGUGCACAUAUGUUGUUCAGUGUUCAUCUUGGGGAAACUCAACUGAAUCUUAUGUUCAGCAAUCAUCCAUGUCUGAAAGUUUAAGCCUGAAGAUGGGAGUUCUGCCUCAACACUUUCACAACACCAAGCAGCUAAGUUUUCAAUUUCAAGACCAGGACUCAUCAUCAACUCAAUCAACUGGUCAAUCUUACCCUGAAGUGGCUAGUGCUGGAGAAAGCAAUGUUUAUGGGAAAAGUUUAAUUUCGGCAUCAUCAGGAGGUAAUGAAACUCACGGGAAGCAUGUUGGAGGUCAUGCUAAAUUAGCCUCCUCAAUAGGAACUCAAGAAUAUGUCUUCCCUUCUUCACAAGUUGACUAUAGAAAAUCAAUUGCUCAUUUUCCACUGCAUUAUUCUGAAACAUUAUCUGGAGGUGUGCUGGCUGCUGCCUAUGGACCACAAGCUAUGCAGAUUGAUCAUCCUCAUAUGAUGGCUAUGGUUCCUGCUCGAGUUCCACUGCCUCUGCAGCUUACAGAAGAUGAACCUAUUUAUGUUAAUGCAAAGCAGUAUCAGGCUAUUCUCAGGCGAAGACAGUAUCGUUCAAAGCUUGACGCUCAGAACAAACUCAUCAAAGUUCGAAGGCCGUAUCUGCACGAGUCUCGACAUAUUCACGCUUUAAAAAGAGCUAGAGGAAAUGGUGGGCGAUUUCUCAACACAAAGAAAGUCCAAGAAUCCAAGUGUAUUCCGACAAGCAAUGGAUUGGACAUGUCCAGGUCUCCUCAGCUACAUUUGUCUGCGAACAUCUCCAAAUCAGAAGUUCAUCAGCUGCAAAAUUACAAAGAUGCUGCUUCCGCCACUUCUUGCUCUGAUGUCACAACUGCUUCCAACAGUGACGAAAUGUUUCAGCAGCCAGAUUUGAGGUUCUCUGGCUAUCCUUUCAACUUUAGUGGAGGCAUGCCAGGUCAUACUGAUGAUAUACAUGGUGGUGGUGGUGGUGGCAACCUCCAUCAUCUUUCUGGUCUUUGCUGAUAGAUGAGUUAACAAAUUCUCGUCUAAGCAGUCCGUAUUUGGUGCUUCAAUGAAAAAUUCGGCUGCUUUGUCCCCAUGGGAAGUCAUCCUUGGCUCUGUUUAGUUUACUUCGCCUGUCAUCACAAACUGUUUCAAACCAUGGACAUGGAGUUAUUUCUAGCCGGAACUUGUAACUUGCAAUAUUUUACUGUUUAUUUUUUGGGUUAAGAGUUUUGGUGAUUGGUGACAUUAUUCAACAUCAAUGCCUGGCAUUGGCAUAUACAUAUUUCUUUUUUUUUUUUGGUUUCAAAGGGGACAGAGUCCUACUAGUUGAGGGGGAAACGUUGGAGUCGAAUCCCAUCUGACGUCUUCUUAAGGCUUUGUUGGCCGGGUGAAGAAGUUGAAGACUAUACAUAUUUCAAUUUCCAUAUACUAACUCUGCAUGCUUUAUGAAAUU